AUGUCCGCUAAGGCUCGUGCCCUCCAGCCCCGGCCGCCAGCCACGAACCAUCUCGGAACGAUGGGCGACUCGCCCAGCAGCCGGACGGCGGCCAUCGACCUCAGCCAGACAGACCCCAUCCCCCCCGCAUUCGCAACCCCCAAGCUGCUCGCACACACAUUCGACCACCACCACCACUCCGAACUGUGGCCACACCCGAUCUGGGACCUCGAACUCAACACGAACUCGGCCAUCUGGAACCAGGCCAUCGCCCCCAGCGACCAUCUCAGCAGCAACAACCCAAAGUACCCGCCACUCUCCAUCCACGAACUCAUCCUCGCCAAGCCACACGCGAACGCAUUCUUCUGUCCGAUCGAAUGGAAAUGGCUCAUCAUCGAACUCCUAGACCUCCUCAAGUCCGCCGUCCACCAGGUCCAGCACUUCCAUCCGAUCCCUGCCUCAAUCUUCGACCUCCACUCCCCACCCGCCCAGGAGAGCCAUCCCUCAUCAGCCUCAUCGCCCCGCGUCACCACCCACACCUUCGAGUACGACCACUCCUCCAGAUGGGACGCUCGCCUCUGUGUCGGCUGUUCGCGCGGCAUCUUCCACUCCCCCAUCGAGGCCGCCGUCCCCUCCGUCUUCGAUCGCAACCAUGCUCACGACCUCAUCCAUCAUGCUAAGAAAUACAACCAUCUGCCCAACCAUGUCCACUCCAAAACUAACCCCGAACAACUCGUCUACAAGGCCUGGCAUACCGUAUUCAUUGUUGCCCAGAAUGCUCUCCUCGAAGGCAAACUUUCGCCCCUUCCUCUCAACGGGAAAUCCAUCUCAGGAAGGAUGCCCUGGGACUCGAUCUCUCGGAAUGCGCUCCGGACGUUGGUCGAGGCAAACCCGACCAACGAGCUUUUACGGGCCGUCUCAGACAGCGCCAAUAGUGCGGCCGAGCAGAAGGCGAACUUGAUGGACCUGAACAAAGCGUAUGCGACCUUGGGUGACGUUGUGCCUGAAGUGGACGACGAGAUGCUUUGGAUGGCCUACACCAUCGGAGUUGCCGACCAGCCCGGCCAGAAAGACGUCCUAAGAGAGGCGCUGCAAGUCAUUGCCCGGCACCGCAAGAGCCACCUGAUCGAGUCCCGGCUAGUCGCCGAGCUCAAGGGCGAUGGCGCCGAAAGCGCGAUGGACAUCGUCGCUUAUAGCCCGCCUCCUGUGUCCUAUGACUUGCCUGCUGGAAUCAAUAACAUCGGAAAUUCUUUGCUUCAGUAUUUCUUCUCAGUCCGAGAACUUCGAGAAAUCUUGCUCAGGUUUCCCGAGUUUGAACAGGAUAUCGACGAGCAUCAGGAGAUGAAGGAGAAGAAAAGGGUCGGAGGUCGGAUCGUCUCGGCCUCGGAAAUUCUACGAUCCAAACAAUUUGCCUCCCAGUUGCGAGGCUUGUUCCAAGAAAUGAUCAGUACUCCACUAUCGGCGGUGACGCCGGAGAGAGAGCUCGCCUUUCUUGCUCGGAUCGUCUCGGCCUCGGAAAUUCUACGAUCCAAACAAUGCAUGAGCAUUCUCCACCGAACAGAUUUCCAUCCAUAG